AUGGAGAGUCGUCGUAUGAGUUCAAGACUGUACAAAGCAGCCGCAGCAGGAAAUUUUCUUUGUCUAUUAUCAGAAACAGUUUCCGAGGAGAGGCUUAGAAGCGAUCUCCUCUGUCUGACCCACGAGGAAAGCAAUUGCCUGCACAUUGCAGCGAUGUUUGGACGUGAAGAGUUCGUGCGGAAUGUUGCUAGUCUUUGCUCUUCCCUUCUAUAUCGGCAAAACGUGAGAGGAGACAACCCACUUCGUGUCGCUGCCAGGGCUGGUCACCUAGGCGUCGUAAAACUCCUUACUGAUUCCUUCCGGGAGCUCCAGCGACCUCCUCCUCAAAGUAUUGAAAGGGGUCGAAAUAGAGAAACACCCGGACAAGGAAACGAGGAGAACAACAGCACAGACCUUGCUGAUUCCGUCCAACCUCCUCAAACUCCUCAGAGUCAAAGCACUGGAGGUAAUAGUGGAACUGCAGGAGAAGAUGAUAUAAUUUCAGAGAAGUCUCUAAGAGAAGCUGAGGAAGGGGAAAGGCCUUCACUUCCAAUAUUGGGGACUCCAAGUUCUCAAAGUGAAAGUACUACAGGAGAUAUGGUAGUCAAGAUAACAUCAUCAGAAUGGCCUUCACUGCCAAUAUGGAGAACUCAAAACCAUGAUGGCAACACAGCUCUUCACGAAGCGUUACGGCGCAAACACGGGAAUGUGGCGUUCAACCUACUGGAUCUAGACGGUAAAAUGGUCGUCCUCAUUGUCAACUCAAAAACUGAGAGUCCGUUGUACCUGGCUGCGGAAGCCGGGUUUGCCCAUGUUGUAAGUUGUAACAAAGAUACUUAA